AUGGAUGACUCGCACAAUGCCUCGAGUCCUCAUCUGGAGCGGGAUGCUGCCAAUGACCUUCCAUACCCCAACAUCACCACGCCAAAUGGCCCCGCAUCGCGUCCCGAAACGAGCAACGGCGAUCAGAAUGGACAGCAUAAAGUCAAGCCAAGACAGAAACGAAACAAGCCUACGCUUUCAUGCUUGGAAUGCGUUGAAAGAAAGACCAAGUGUGAUCGAGGGCGGCCGUGUUUGGCGUGUGUAAAACGACAGUCGGGUUGCGAGUAUACGGCCGUUGCAAACCUCAUCCUCUCUGCGGAUCGAAAAGGAUCGAAAAGCAAGGCCCGAUAUGUCACCAAGCCGAGCAAGGCCAGGAGGAUCAGCACCACCUCUUCUCCAUCCAUCCUGACUUCGCCCACAUCAACCGAUACGGGCUGGCCGAAUGUCUCUGGUCAAUCACAUCGUUCAUCACAGGCUUCUCUUUCUACAGCAUCGCCAUUCCUCUUCUCCAGCGUCCCAUAUUCACAGAGCUCGCCCAGCAAUGUAUUUGGCGUUGGAUCCUCAGAUCACCCCUUCUCCAACUACUGGACUUGCGCCGGUGGGCUGCCCGAAGUCAUCACUGUUCUGCCAAGUAAAGAACAGGCAGAUCUAUUGAUCGCAAAGUUCUUCGAGGUCGUUGACCCCGUCAUUCCUUUUCUCCAUCGGAGGACUUUCUACUCGGACUACGAGCUGUUCUGGGCAAUGUCCGUUGAAGACAGAGGCAAGACGGAUGCAAGCCUGGUGGCCCUUCAUUAUGCCAUGUAUGCGCUCGGCACGCAGUUCACCACAUUCACCUCAUUCAAUGAGCGAGCCCAGACGGCGGAAUUCUAUUGUAGUGCUGCUAAUCAAUCGCUGCGAGUCUACUCAUAUCUGAACCGAACGUCUAUGAGGGCAAUUCAAGCGAUGAUACUCAUGGCUUACUUCUUGAUGAACGACAAUCAUGCUUCCGACGCCUACGCAUGGGCCGGUAUUCACUUACGGCAGUCAUACGCGAUGCGUUUACAUCGUGAUCCCGACAUAGCAGUCCCCGACGCGUCUGUGCUGGAGAAGCAGCAACGUCGAAAGCUUUGGCAGGCAGUCUCUGUUCAGGAUACCUUUCUCACAAUCCUUCUCAAGCUACCGCCAACAGCGACACACUGUGAUGUUGCUGUCGAAUCUCUGGCAGAUUCGAAUGAACUCGGCGAUGACGCAAACGAGCUCGGUCAUGGUAGUCCUCCGAGGGUGGAGAACUUGAUGUCAAUCAACGCGAUGAUCGAACCCCAGCUUGCUCAACCCUUGACUCCAGCACAGCCACAUCAUCUCGUAGAUGCAUCCACUAUGAAGACCGACCUAGUCUACCUAAGAAGCAUGUGGCAUCUUGGAAAUCUCGUCCAGGAGAACCUCUGUUCUCCCAUGUCUCUAUCCCUACCAGUAGCCAACAGUCCGCGGCRUAAAGAGUCCCUGGUCGCGRCGUUUAAGAGACUCUAUAAGUCAUUCCCCGCACACCUGACUAUUCUAGAUUUUGCUGUCCUACAGCAAAACGCAAUCAGCAGUCCUCGGGCGAUUCGACAGAACUUGUGUUUGACCUCCUCCUACUAUCACUCUCUAGCACUUCUGCAGGCCUCCGAGAACGUAGAGCAAGGCGUCGAGCCGAACGUCAGAGGGGCUUUGGAAGCCGCACAUGAGGCACUAUGUGCUUUCUUCAAACUAUGGGGCUUGUUCGAAGUUGAAGCUGGGGUCUGGUGGGAGCUGCAGCAUCGUGCUUUCGAAGAAAGCUUGCUCAUCGCCAAUCUGCUCACCAUUGGCCCUGAGACGGACCCACCAUAUGAUCAAAUCUUUCGGAACGAUAUUCGCCGCAUGUUGGAACUCAUGUCGCGAUACGGCGACAACGUGGAGAUUCACAUGGAGCGGAAGAAAGUUCUGCAAUCUGCGUUUGAGAGAUUGUCRGCGUGA